GGGAUUAGUAUAUUUUUUUUUGUUUGUAUCGUUAAAACAAAGACCAUAUCUUUCUUUUUCAACGAUUUGUAUUUGAAAGUUUGUUCAGCGUCAAUCAUCAUAAUCAUUAAAUUGUUUAGAAUAUUGUUUGUAUCAAUUCAAAUGAUGAAAACAAUGGAUAUCAAUUAUAAGCAUAUAAGUAUGUUAUUAUUUUUUACCAUCAUUCUAAUGUCAUCCAGCAAGAUAUCGGUUUUUGGUCAAUUGCCGCAAUUGCAAACUACAUCUGCGGCACCGAUAAUGAUAAAUAUUACAACUGAAAUGCCAGUUAGAAAUGAAACAGGAAACUAUACAUCUUUGCCACCAAUAACGUCAUCAGAAUUGAAUAUUACAACCGAUAUCUUUAAUAGGACUGAAAUAACAAAUCAUACCAUAAAACCUACGGAUGAAUCCUUCAAUGUAACUACAGAAAAUGGCACAACUCAUUUUCCGUCGCAUGUAACAACACAAUUUCCAUCGCAUGUAACAACUCACAGUCCUACUAAUCAAACAGAUGAUAAGAAAAUUCGUCGUGCCGGCAUAAUCAUAUCGGCUGUUGUAAUUGCUAUAUCGAUGGCUACAAUAGUAUUAGCUGCAUUCUAUUGGCUUUAUUUCGAUAAACAGGAAGAUGAUCAACAAUCAAUGAGUAGUCGUCAAACAGCUGCUGGUUUAGGCAAUAAUCUGAAUCAAGAAAUUAAAGAUGCUGCAAUUACAAGUUUACAGCAACAACAAGAGCAACAAAAAGGACCACCAUUAGCUGGUACGACGAGUGAUGGUGAAAAAAGUAAAUCAUCAUCAAAAUCAUCAUCAAAACGUGCCCAACAGCAGCAACCAAUGCCUAAAGAAUCGUCGUCAUCAUCAUCGAGGAAAAGAAAGGAAGGACAAGCUAUGAUGGAAUCGAAAGAUAAUCGACCGGAAAAAUCGACAUCGGGAGUCGCAGCAUCAAUGAUGGAUCCAUCGCAGACUCAAUCACAGAUGCCAUAUUCGGAUGUGCUAUCGGCACAAUCAGCUACAUCAAAAAAUGAAGAAUGAAAAAUAUAGACCAUUAUUAGUGGGCAUUGAAUUGUGGAUGGUUGUAUUCAGCAAGGGAGAGACACCACCAUCUUGAAACAAGAGAAGAAUUAUUUUUGAUUGAAAAUAAAAAAUUUUCUAAAUUGUUGUUGUUUCUA